CGUGGCCGCUCUCCGCUUUGCAAAUGGCUUUUGUCUGCAUCUGAUCGCUGGCGCUGCUGCCGCUGCUGCUGCUGAUCCCGGCGCCAAGAACUUGCAGCUGCAAAAGUGGCACAGCAUUAACCCCUUCUCGCCUUCGGUGCACGGGUAAACACAAAAAGUUGCAGUCAAAGGUUGAUCGUUUUUGAUCCAGUGAUUGCUAUUGCACGGCUGGGAGGACCUGUGCACCAUGCACCACACGAUAGAAGUAUCAAUCCCGUCCUUCCGAUAUGAGGAGAGCGAUCUGGAGAGAGGAUACACGGUAUUUAAAAUUGAAGUACUCAUGAGUGGAAGGAAGCACUUUGUAGAGAAACGGUACAGUGAAUUUCAUGCACUACACAAAAAGCUGAAGAAAAGCAUCAAAACGCCUGAAAUGCCUUCAAAGCACGUGCGAAACUGGGUACCUAAAGUCUUAGAACAGCGACGCCAUGGUUUAGAAGCCUACCUCCAGAUCAUUUUGAUUGAAAAUGAAGAACUGCCCAAGAUAUUCUUGGAUUUUCUUAACAUUCGUCAUCUUCCUUCUCUGCCAAAAAUUGAAAGUUGUGGCUCCAUUGAAGACUAUGAAUCUGAAGAACUCAGCAAACUAUCCCACCAGCCAGUGCUGCUUUUCCUGAGGGAUCCAUACAUCUUGCCCACAGCCACAGAUGACUUCCCAAAUGUAGUUGUUGAAGGUGUUCUACAUGGUACAUACUGCCCAUACCUUCAAGUAAGGUAGAGUGGAAUCUACACAGAAGACAUCUCCGGACAUUUAAUCACAGCUGUAACAGUUAUUGGAGGUGUACAUGUUUUUAUAAGGAACUGUCAGUUCUCAGUGUUCUUCCUUGACAGUAUAUAUACAUUUUAAGGUUAUUACUCCUUUUACUUUUAAUUUCUACAUUAUUUGUUAAACUGACUUGUAUGUAUAAAGAAGACUUAUGUAAAUGUUUAUCAAUAAAUGUGUGGCAUUUCAGCAUAAAUCAUGUGAGUAUAAGACUAAUUAAUACCAUGGAAAUAUAUUUGUGCAAUUUUAAAGUCAAAUGUAUUGCUUUGUUGAAUGGAAAAUAUGUGUUUAUGGUUUAGAUGUAUUUUUCUGUUUGAAAAACUCUAAUCUAAAAACUCUAGUUGUAGAUAAACAUUUUAGAAGUUUUAUCAUAUUUAAUUGUGCGGAAAUGAAAAAAUAUUUAUCACUAAAUCAUAUGAUAGCCCAUUUUACUUUUGUAAUCUUAUUAAGCAUUUAAUUGCUAAAAUAUUUCAAUCUUCAGUAGAUUCAAUUAUAUGUAAUAAAUGCAAACACCACCAAACAGUAUAAA